GUGUUCCUGCUCUGGCAGAAGGCAGGCAGGCUGUGGCACAGGCGUGCACUGGUAACUCUUUGAUGCAUAGAUCGUCAGCAUUGCUCUAAUCCCCUCCGUCUACACCUCCCCCUUUUUUUCUCUCUCUCUGUCUGUCUUCCUCUCUCUGCAUCAUAUUCAUUAGAGCAAGCAUGGCCCUUCACAGCUCUUAGCCUCUCUCACUACACACCUGACGACAGAGCUGGUGACAAAUGCUCUCAGUGUAGCCUGCUGAGGGGGUAGCCUGAGAGAGAGAGAGAGAGAGAGGGAGAGAGAGAGAGAGAGAGAGAGAGAGAGAGAGAGAGAGAGAGAGAGAAUGAGGGACAGGCUCCAGCUGUCACUCUGACAGACUCCGGGCUCCAGCCCGCUCACGCUUCCACUUUGGAGCAACAUUUCAGCUGCUGACUCUGAUCUGGCCCCCGGAUAAUCCACGUUCAUGUCGUUUUGCCUGGUUGACAUUUUUGACAUGGAAUCACCCACCAAGGAGAUUGAGGAUUUUGAGAACAACUCUCUGAAGUAUCUACAGCCGGAGCAGAUAGAGAAGAUAUGGCUGAGACUGAGAGGACUGAGAAAAUACAAGAAGACAUCACAGAGAUUACGAUGUCUGGUGAAACAGCUGGAACGGGGUGAGGCCUCUGUUGUUGACCUAAAGAAGAACCUGGAGUAUGCAGCUUCUGUACUGGAAUCAGUGUACAUUGAGGAGACACGACGACUGGUGGACACAGAAGAUGAGCUCAGUGACAUACAAUCAGAUUCUGUGCCUUCAGAGGUGCGGGAUUGGCUAGCGUCCACCUUUACGCGACAGAUGGGGUUGAUGCUUAGGCGGACAGAGGAGAAGCCACGUUUCCGCAGUAUCGUCCAUGCUGUACAGGCUGGGAUAUUUGUAGAGAGGAUGUACCGGCGGACAUCCAACAUGGUGGGAUUAAGCUAUCCGCCCAGUGUGAUCACUGUACUAAAGCAUGUGGAUACGUGGUCAUUUGAUGUGUUUGCGUUGAAUGAUGCAAGUGGAGAUCAUGCACUGAAAUUUAUAUUUUACGAGCUCCUCACCAGAUAUGACCUAAUCAAUCGCUUCAAGAUCCCCAUCUCUGCACUAGUGUCAUUUGUAGAGGCUCUGGAAGUGGGCUACAGUAAGCACAAAAACCCUUACCAUAACCUUGUCCAUGCAGCAGAUGUCACUCAGACUGUGCACUACUUCUUGCUCAAGACAGGCAUGGUGCACUGGCUGACAGAAUUAGAAAUCUUUGCAAUGAUAUUUGCAGCAUCAAUACAUGAUUAUGAACACACUGGGACUACUAACAAUUUCCACAUACAAACAAGAUCAGACACUGCAAUAUUGUACAAUGACCGCGCAGUGCAGGAGAACCAUCACGUGAGUUCUGCUUAUCGACUCUUACACGAGGACGAUGAAAUGAAUAUUCUGUAUAACUUAUCAAAAGAUGACUGGAGAGAAUUUCGAACACUGGUAGUUGAGAUGGUUUUGGCCACAGACAUGUCCUGUCACUUCCAGCAGAUCAAAGCCAUGAAGAACUUCCUUCAGCAGCCAGAGGCGAUUGACAAACCAAAGGCUUUAUCACUCUUACUGCACACUGCGGACAUCAGUCACCCUGCCAAAAAGUGGGAUUUGCAUCACCACUGGACCACAUCUCUGUUGGAGGAGUUCUUCAGACAGGGGGAUAAAGAAGCAGAACUGGGCCUUGCUUUCUCUCCUCUUUGUGAUCGCAAGUCCACCAUGGUGCCCCAGUCUCAGAUUGGCUUUAUUGAUUUCAUUGUGGAGCCCACAUUCACUGUGCUGUCAGACAUGGCAGAGAAAAUAGUGACUCCACUCAUCGACGAGGCAUCACGCUCAGGGCUGGCCAGCUUCAGACGCUCCAGCCUGAAUAACAUCCCGUCUGAUGGUAAGCGGACCAAUGUGAAGAGCACUGGCUCAGAAGGCAGCACUGCUCACAACUGCUCCCUGCUUAGCGUUGACUUGAAGAGUUUCAAGGACACCUGGAAUGAAGAGGUGCAUCAAAACAGAGAGAAGUGGAAAACUCAGGCAGCCAAAGAGGAGAAGGCCAACGAGAAAGAAGCUGAUAAGACUCAGGACACAAGUGAAGAGAAAACGGACACCACACAGGACAAAGACAAGACUGAGAAAGAGUCAAAAGACAAAUCACCAAACAAAGUCACGAAAGAUUCAUUAUUCAAAGAACAUAAGAAAGUCAGCAAAGAGAGGGAAACAAAACCAGAGCCUGCAGACUCCACCAAGGCCAAAGUGGAUAAGAAAGAACCCACGGAACAGCAACCCAAAGAGGUGGAGGGCAAUAAGGACCCAGGGGGAGUGAAUGGAACAAAACCAGAGGCUUCGAAUGAGCCGGUGGAUGCAAAAGAGCUGGACACCAGCAGUGAUACAGACAAUAGCCAGCAAGUUCAAAAUGGGGAUGAGCUGGACUUACCCGACAGUGACGACAGUGACACAAAGAGCUCCGAUGAUGCAGACGAGGAGCACAGCACUCAUGAAAGUUCAGCCAACUCCCUAGUAGCCAGUGCUGCAGCUGCCUCCACACCUGAUGCACACUAACUACUCUUUCAUUUCUCAACAAGGACUCCAUCUGCUGAGCAACACUCUCACUCCUGCACAAUGGCACCAUCUCGUGUCUGCUUUGAUAUUUAUAGAACUGAGGAUUUUUCUUUUCUUUUCUUUUUUUGCUUGGAUUUCUUUUGCGAAUAGACUUUCCAGGUUUUUUUUUUUUUACUUUUAUAAUUUCCUUUUUGUUGCCUAAUUCUCUCCUGCUUUUACUGAUAUGCUUUUAUGACUGGCUUGAUAUUGCUGUGAGACCCCAAUAGGGGUGCAGCAUGGAGACCUUGGCCUAGAGUUAACCCUAUACAGGGUCAUAUUAGGCCAGUGGGUGCUGCCAUAGAAGUACGGAGAGUCUGUUAGCGCUGGAGCCAGAAGGGAGCAUAUGGCAGUAUGGCCACUGUGGUAUUCUCCCCAGCUGAGCUCUCCCUAGAGAUGAUGUACGCACGUGUACACACACACACACACACACACACACACACACACACACACACAGCUGACUGUCGAGCCUAUAAAGCUGCACAUGUUGCAGAGCUGUCCAGAUAUUCCCAGAGAUGUGGACAGGCAUACACACAGCCUAGAACUGACACACAGCCAGCCAAACUGGGCUCCGUUUCCCACUGGAAUGCUCUUCCUGCGAUAGAACCCAGAGCUAAAUAAAACAAGCUGAAGAAUGUCUGCUUAAAUUUGUUUUGUUGUUAUUCUCUGUACGCAGCUAUCUGGUUGAUAUGCAUUGUGUCCUGUAAAAUAUGCUGGUCAGGACUUCACUAGCUCUCAGUUGACAAUAGCAGUAUUCAGUAAAUGUGCAUUGUUGUUGUUGUUGUUGUUAACUCCUUUUUUUUUACUGCACAUGUUUGCUGAUUGAUGUGACAUCUGUUUGUCUGAUGAAACUUUAGAUUUUCUCUGUAUAAUGUCACUUUUGUCAUAGGACCUAUUUUAUGUUCAUCUUUUUUUUUUUUUUUGCCCGUAAAUCAGU